UCAUGUCACCUUGCUAGCUCUACCCGAACGGCCGAACCCCACCGGACAACGGGGCUAUAAAGCCGGCGCCACCGCCGUGACAAGCAAGUUCAGGCUGGACCGUCGGAGAGGGAUCAAUCGGAUCGAAUGGCUUUGGCGCCGGUGGAGUUCCUGGGCGCGAGCGACGGCGGGGAGACGCUCUACUGCGCCAUCAUACUGUGGAUGUCCGUCAUGUCGUGGAUCAUCUUCACCUGCGACGGCAGCGGGAGGAGGAGGAAGGGCCGUCGGGGCAGCCGGGACACCAAGGUCUUCGUCGGCGCCGAGCGCCUCUGCGACGGCACCGGGCCCGACUGCAGCGGCGGCUACGGGCUCUGCGGCUCCUGCAUCGACUAGCCUGGCCGAGCCGCCGCCCCCUGCCUACGUUUGGACUUUUGGUUUGUAAAAUAACUUGAAUCGAUUCGUGUAAUUGGGCGUCAAAA